CCUCUUUGUUUGUAUUUUGGCUUUUUAUAAGUAGUAAUCUCUGUGGUACUUUUCAUUGUGUGUAGCCAGAAUCUAGCUUGAUCAAUAGAAAAAUCCCUUUGCCUCUUUGAUCAUUUACCUUGAAUAUUUGGGUCCAUCAAAAUAGUGGUACAUCACUUGCCGUCUCCAUUUCACUUAAUCAUGGAGAAAAUUUUCAAUCAUUUCCUUCAGGGACUCUUCUUGCUGUAUUUUGUUUCAGCUUCCUCAGCCAUGACCACAACCAAUAUUACCACUGAUCAAGAUGCUCUUCUUGCGUUGAGAGCUCGCAUCACCUCACAGGGCCCUCAUCAAAUCCUGUUGAAAAACUGGUCUGUUUCUUCCCCUGUAUGUCAGUGGGUAGGAGUCACUUGCGGCUCUCGUCACCGUCGAGUAAUUGCCUUGGAUCUUUCCAAUAUGAGUCUUAGCGGCAUCAUACCAUCACAGCUGGGAAAUAUGUCAUUUCUGGUUUCCCUUAACCUGAGCAGAAAUAAUUUCCAUGGAGAACUGCAGCAUGAAUUUGCUCGGUUACGCCGGUUGAGAGUGCUUGAUUUAGAUGUCAACAAUCUCAAUGGAGAGUUUCCUGAGUGGUUUGGUUCCUUACAUCAACUUCGACUGUUGUCUCUGAAUAACAACAGUUUCACUGGCUUCAUCUCAACUUCCUUGGCUAACGUUUCUACGCUAGAAAAGUUAAGUCUGUCAUUCAAUUAUCUCCAGGGAAGUAUUCCAACAGAGAUUUUCAAAAUUUCCUCGCUGGAAUUGAUUUUCUUCCAGGGUAAUAGCUUAUCUGGUAGCGUUCCAGAUGAUAUGUGUCGCCAUCUUCGGAGACUCAAGUGGAUUGACCUGUCACGGAACAAGUUAAAUGGCCAAAUACCAUCAAGCAUAUAUAACUGCUCACAACUUCAAGUGCUGAGCCUUUCUGUGAAUCACUUCACUGGAUUCAUACCAAGAGAAAUUGGCACUUUGAAGGCACUUGAGCGGCUGUAUCUAUACAGGAACAGUUUAGAAGGUGAAAUUCCAAAAGAAAUGGGUAAUUUAACUGUGCUAAAAAUACUUGGCGUUGGUGGCAACCACAUAACAGGUGCAAUACCCCAAGAGAUCAGCAAGCUAUGCAAUUUGGAAGAACUCUACUUGACGUUGAAUAACAUAACUGGUUUCAUUCCGAUGCAGUUGGGAUGGAUCAAUUCCUUGGCAAAUUGCAAACAUUUGACAGUACUCGGAGUGGCUGACAAUCCAAUUACUGGUUUUCUUCCAAAUUCUAUUGGCAAUCUUUCAACUUUGCUUGAACAGCUUUAUGCAUACAAAUGCAACAUACGAGGCAGCAUUCCAGAUGAAAUUGGCAAUUUGAGUAGCCUGACCACUUUAAGUCUGUACAGUAAUCAGUUAAGUGGGAUGCUGCCAAAUACCAUAAAAAACUUGGAAAAGCUUCAACAGAUAGACCUUCACGACAACAAGUGA